AUAGCUUAACAAUACUUGACGAAUCGAAGACGGCCACAAAUUUUCACGUCUCUGCUGGUUCCCAAAAUAUAGAACGCCAACUUACACUGCAGUGUACAGACGAGAAACCACAGUUCUGUUGCUGAAGCUGACCUGUCGUUCCAUCAAUUUAAAAAGUUUCAUGAGACUGGCGUAAUGUCUGAGUCGCCGACCUUUCGCAGGCGCUCAAACAGGGGCAGUGACCCACAGCAUUCUGGGUACGUGUCAAUGGAGGAUGAUAAUCUAGAACACAGUGGUGUGCGAGGUGGACGUAGCUGUUGUCUGUGCACUCUCAUUAUUAUAUUACUUCUAGUUGCAGUUUUGAAUGCACUGGUUACUGCAGGACUUAUAUAUUUUCUGUCAGUUACACAUGAGGGAAUGUUGUCUUUGGAAUUCUUCCCUGGAGGAAAGUAUUUGAGAGUUUUAUCGGAUGUUGCAGUAGAAAAUCUUACGUUGCAUGACCAGCUUGUUGGUAGAAGUGGAAAAGAUAUUACUAUAUCUGGACAUGAGGUUGUAGUUGGACUUCCAGAUGGUGCUAAAUUGACUAUAGAUGGAAAUAAAACUUACCUUACAAGUGACAAGUUUGAAUUGAAGACCGAGGAUGGGAAACCACUGUUUGCUACGGGUUCACCUCUGAACCUUGACCUAUACCAGGUUAAAAAUCUUCGUGCACCAGCUAUAGAUGUAGGAUCAAUACAGUGUUUAUAUUCUGAGGACUUACAGGUGACAUCUAGCAGUAAGUUCCCAGACCUACUGAUAGAGUCUUUUGACAAAGCAUAUGUGAAAGGAAUGGAAGGAGUGCAGGUUGAAACUCAGGAAAACAUUGAAAUAGUCGCUCCAGAAAAAGCUAUUACUUUCAACUCUUUGCAAGACUCUUUGAAAUUCAACCAAGAGGAAGGCAUUUUCAUGGACCCAAAUCUUCCGUUAGAUGGCAAAGGAUCUUCUUCUAAAAAUGGGAACCAGCUGAAGCUGUGCGUGUGCGGCUCAAACGGAAGGGUGUUUGCUGUACCAGACCUUGGGGACAAAUCUGGGUGUCAUUUUGCUAAUGAGGAUAGAAACCCAUGUCUAGAUUAAGUAAAGGAGACAGAAAUGUGCAAACAGAUGACUUAAUUGUAGAACAUAUUGUUUCCACAAAUGACUUAAUUGUAGAACAUAUUGUUUCCACAAGAGAAUUUUAGUUGUAAGAACUAAAUGCAUUUCAGAUGUGUGGUGUUUAGACUCAAGACACAUGCACACAAUUGUAAUAGUACAUAAAAUCAUAAAACAUUUUAGGAUCUCACAUACUUGGUGCUAUUUUAUAUUUUUUUUCUUGAUAUCAUACAUAUACAUGUCAUGUUAAAUAAAAAAAUAUUUUGUAAUGAUGCAAUUUAACUUACUUUAAACCUAGAAAUGAAUGUUGUUCUGAUCAAGUUAUAUAAAUGAGCAUGGACUGUGGUGUAUGCACUUAAGCUGUAUAGUACCGUAAAAGUAACACUGUGGCAAACUUUAAAUGUCACGAUGGUGUCAGCCUACAGAAAUAUGCAAAAUAUUGCAGUUUGCAAACUUUUCUAGGUUUACAGUUUCAUUGUAAUAUAUGGAUAUUAAGUUUGUUGCCUUUUUAAAAGCUUAAAUUUUAGCAACAUGCAAUUUUUCUGAUUUAGCAUUGAAUUGAUAAUGAAGCACUGUAUUUGUCAAGAGUUGAUUUUAAGCUUACUAGGACAUGUUCAAGAAAGUGUGGGAGAGUUGAAGACAGUAAUGAGUGUAGGCAACUUUAAGACAGUGCUGGCAAAGUGAACACAGUGAGGGCAUGUUGAAAGCAGUUCUGGCAAGUUUAUCUUUGCCCCAAUUUACCUUGCCUGCAAUUCGGUUGAAUAUAAUAUAAAAUGCUGAUAACUAAAAGUGCCUCUAGUCAAAAACACAAUUUGUUAAUUUUACCAUUAUAUUAGAUAAGUUGCAGUGUUAAUCCAAGGAAGGUUUGCAUUUCUGCGAAAAUUAAAGCCUUCAGUGACUCCUAAUUUUAUGGAAUACAUUGAAGUAUUAUAUGCAUGUGCCAUAAUAUUAGUGCCAUAAUAUUAGUUAGUGCCAAAUUUAUUGCCAAUAUUUUUACACAAAGCAGUAUAUGUAUUUCUUUUAUAAAGCUGAUGUGAAUCAGUUUUGUUGUUUUAAGUGCCUUUCUAUUUUAUGAAGCUUCGGUUUUACCUCCAGUCUUUCAUAAUACCCUUGAUACAAAGUAUACGGGGACUAUAUUGGAGUAACACAUGUCUGUCUGUAGGUCCAUCUGUCCAGCCAUUGAGUCUGCACCAUAUCUUCUUAACAGCUGUGAAAAUAUUCAUCAAACUUGCAUCAAGAUAAUAUGCAGAGGGCACAACACAGUCGCUAGGUCCGAGGUCAAGGUCACAUUUUGAGAUAAAAGGUUUAAUAGCUUAAUGUUAUGUGUGCUCCAUGUAGUCUAGACCACUCAUAAAAAUAGCAUCAAUUAUUAACCGCAUCAAGACGAUGUGCGGAGUGCAUAACCCAGAUUGUUUGGUUUAUGGUCAAGGUCACACUUGGAGGUCAGGUGUCAAAUAGCUUAACCUUGGUACACUCCAUACCUUCUAAAUUGCUUGGAAGAUUUUCAUAAAACUUGCGACAAAUAUUUACCUCAUCAAAACAAUGUGCAGAGUGCAUAACUCGGGUCACUAGGUCCAAGGUCACACUUUGAAGUCAAAGGUCAAAUAUCUGAACUUCAUAUCUGCUGUGUUAUCUUUUAAACCACUCAGAAGAUUUCAUAAAACUAACAUAAGAUCUUAACCUAAUCAAGACGACUUGCGGAGUGCAUAACAACGUACACUAUGUCCAAGUUCAAGGUCACAGGUCAAAUAGCUGAAAUUUGUGUCCGCUCCAUUGCGUCUAAACUGCUGGUAAAAUUUUCAUAAAAUUACCAUUUCAUCAAGGUGACAUGCAGGUCACUAGGUCAAGGUCACAUUUGUAGGUCAAAAGUCAUAGAUUAAUCUUGUGUCUGCUCCAUAUAGAGAUUUUUAUUAAACUGGCAUCAUAUGUAGCCUCAGGUCUGAUGUAACGGUUACAAGCAUAAUCGUGUCGGUAUAGCUUUUUGUGUCAAGAGGUUUUUGUGCCCGCCUCCACCUCCCCCAUGAGUGGUGGGGGCAUAUAGAUUUGCUCUUGUCCGUCCAUCCGAAGUUCGUGACACGCAUAGCUCAAAAAGUAUUUGAUAUAAAUUAAUGAAACCUUACAUGAGUCUUUAUCAUGAUAUGAACUUGCGUACCUCCUAUUUUUCAUCUGGGUCCGCCCCCUAUUUCUAGAGUUAUGGCCCCUGAAAUAGUCAAAAAUGCACAUUUUCACCUUGUGACACGCCUAGCUCAAAAAGUAUUUGAUAUAAAUUAAUGAAACCUUGCAUGAGUCUUUAUCAUGGUAUGAACUUGCGCACCUCUUAUUUUUCGUCAGGCUCCGCCCCCUAUUUUUAGAGUUAUGGCCCCUGAAAUAGUCAAAAAUGCACAUUUUCACCUUGUGACACGCUUAGCUCAAAAAGUAUUUGAUAUAGAUUCAUGAAACCUUGCAUGAGACUUAAUCAUAUGAACUUGCGCACCUCCUAUUUUUCAUCUGGAUCCACCCCCUAUUUCUAGAGUAAUGGCCCCUGAAAUAGUCAAAAUGCACAUUUUCACCUUGUGACACGCCUAGUUCAAAAAGUAUUUGAUAUAAAUUGAUGAAACCUUGCAUGAGUCUUUAUCAUGGUAUGAACUUGCGCACCUCCAAUUUUUCGUCUGGCUCCGCCUCCGAUUUUUAGGGUUAUGGCCCCUGAAAUAGUCAAAAAUGCACAUUUUCACCUUGUGACACGCCUAGCUCAAAAAGUAUUUGAUAUAGAUUCAUGAAACCUUGCAUGAGUCUAAAUCAUGAUAUGAACUUGCGCACCUCCUAUUUUUCAUCUGGGUCCGCCCCUUAUUUCUAGAGUUAUGGCCCCUGAAAUAGUCAAAAAAUGCACAUUUUCACCUUGUGACACGCCUAGCUCAAAAAGUAUUUGAUAUAAAUUGAUGAAACCUUGCAUGAAUCUUUAUCAUGAUAUGAACUUGCGCACCUCCUAUUUUUUCUAUCUGGGUCCGCCCCUUAUUUCCAGAGUUAUGGCCCCUGAAAUAGUAAAAAAAUGCACAUUUUCACCUAAUUAUGUGCCUCACUCAAAAAGUAUUUAAUGUAAAUUCAUAAAACCUUGCUUGAGUCUUUAUCAUGAUGUGACCUUGCACACUUGGCAUUCUUCUUGAGAAUUUUAGCGUUUAUUACAGAGUUGUGGCCCUUGAAAUAGCCAAAAUAGUGGAUUUUUUGUUUGUGAUGCUCAUAGCUCAAAAAGUAUAUGGUAUAGAAUAAUGAAUCCAUUUCAUAAUUUUUUUUUGAGGCUAUACCCCAUUAAGACUGCAAACAUUUGAAUGAUUUCCCCUUAUUUGUGACAAAUGUACUAGUGGGGGGCACACCCUGUGUCCUACAGACACAUUCUAGUUUUUGUUUAUUUUUUCAUGAUUAUUAUGCAUGGUUAUAUAAUUAGACCACUUUUAUAAUUUUCUUUUUAUCCAAUUUGGAUACCUUUAUUUAUGAACACUUUAUAAUGUUAUGUUGUUAGUUUUAAAACCUUGGGCAUUAUGAAUUAUUUGUACUUGCAGUAAGUACUUUAUGUCAUAUUAAAUUGUUGUGUUAGAUCUUAUUCAUUAUUGUAAAAUGCUUUAGUUUGUAGUAGAAUAUUUAAAUAAAGACAUUUGUAACAGAAUUUUUCAUCAUGUUUUCCCAGUGGGUACAAGGGACUGUUAUAUGGCCUGAUGUUUUUGCUGUAUUGUAUUGGGACUUUUCUCUUCAUGCAGUUGCAAGGUCUGACCUUACCUAGACCUAAUAAACAAGGAGGUAUCUUCAAAAUUUUAUGGUUGGAUUGAACUAAAAUUUAUUUAAUUUUAGAACCCAAGGAGGUAUUGAUAUAGAUACUUAACAAGAGUUACAGAGCGAUGACCUUUGAACCCUAAAUGUGACCUUGACCUUGAAGCAAGACACCCAGUACAUCCGCUCUAUACGAUGUGGUGAACAUUUGUGUCAAGUUUCUUUGAAAUCCUUAAGGGGUUCAAGUUACAGAGCGAUGACCUUUGACCCCCUAAAUGUGACCUUGACCUUGAAGCGAGACAUCCAGAACAUGCGGUCUGCACAUCGUCUUGAUGUGGUGAACAUUUGUGCCAAGUUUCUUUACAAUCCUUCAAGCAGUUCAAGAGUUACAGAGCGGACACAAAACACACUCAUAUGACUAUUGAUCCCCAAGGGUGACCUUGACCUUGAAGCAAGCUAUCCAGAACAUGCACUCUGCAAGUCGUCUCGAUGUGGUGAACAUUUGUGUCAAGUUUCUUUGAAAUCUUUCAAGGAGAUCAAGAGUUACAGAGCAGACACGAAACACACUCAUAUGACCUUUGACCCCUAAAUGUGACCUUGACCUUGAAGCGAGCCAUCCAGAAC